UUGGUCGUGCUGGGAAAUCCCGUCCUCAUCUCAGUAAUUAGCGAUGGUUCUCACUUGCACAUGCAUGUGUAUUUCUUCCUCUGUAAUCCUUCCUUCCUGGACAUUUGCAACACAGGCUCCUGUAUCCCACCAAUUCUGGACAGCUUCCUGACAGUAAGGAAAAGCAUUUCCUUCUUUGGGUGCAUGGUGCAAAUGUUUCUCUCUUUUGCCAUGGGGGCCACAGAGUGCAUGCUUUUAGGCAUAAGGGCACUUGACUGCUAUGUGGCCAUGUGCUAUCCACUGAGAUACCCUGCCAUCAUGAGCAAAGAUGCCUACGUACCCAUGGCAGCUGCAUCCUCGGUUGCUGGGCUUGUAGACACAGUGGUGCAGCCAUCUGUAGCAAUGCAAUUACCAUUCUGUGCUAACAAUGUCAUUAACCUCUUUUUCUGUGAAAUUCAGGCUAUCCUAAAACUGGCCUGUGCUGAUAUUGCAAUCAAUGUGAUCAGUAUGGCAGGCUCAAUGCUGAUUCUUCUGGUUAUUCCAUUGCUAUUAAUUUCCUUCUCCUACAUUGUUAUUGUUGCCACUAUUCUGAGGACCCCUUCCACUGAAGGAAAAUGUAAAGCAUUCUCCACCUGCUCAGCCCACCUGACAGUGGUGAUUAUAUUCUAUGGAACCAUCUUCUUCAUGUACGCAAAGCACAAGUCUAAAAGCUCUGUUGGUCCAGAUAAUCAAGACAUUGUUGAGGCCCUCAUCUCCCUCUUCUAUGGAGUGAUGAUUUCCAUGCUCAUUCCUCUCAUCUAUAGUCUGAGGAACAAAGUUGUGAAGACUGCUGUGAAGAACAUGCUUUGGGAGGAAAAACUUUAG